CGCCAUCACGCUUUAAAGGGCAGAGUUGUACCAACUCCCAAGCAGUGGGGAGUUAGCCGAGCUGAAUUUGGGGGAUCGUAAGUCAGCUACCAAAACCUCAGAGAACAAGCCCGCCUGGAAAUGUCGACGUAAUUGUUUUAUACUUUGCUGUGUAAACGCUGCACUUUGAAAGUCUGUCAGAAGCCAAGCGCAAGCCUGCUAUUGCAAGAAGUCCGUACACUAAUUUUCCAUGAUCCAGAACCUCACGCCCUUUCAGUAAGGAUAUUCAUUUGAGCACUAAGAACCUGACCUUUCCUCUUUGCCUUCACACAAGUCACUGCUGCCUUGAAGGUCCCCCCCCCCCCCCACCCCACCCCACCCAGUGCUGUGGAAGGAAAAAAAAAAAAAAAAAAAAACUGAAACGGAAAUUCUUUGCCACUAAAGCAGCUAUGCAGCUUGAAAUUCAAGUAGCACUCAACUUUAUUAUUUCUUACUUAUACAAUAAACUCCCUCGACGACGUGUCAAUAUCUUUGGUGAGGAACUGGAGAGCCUGCUGAGGAAAAAGUAUGAAGGCCACUGGUAUCCGGAUAAGCCAUACAAAGGUUCGGGGUUCCGCUGCAUCCAUGUCGGGGAGAAGGUGGACCCAGUGGUGGAGCAGGCAGCAAAAGAGAGCGGGCUGGCCAUCGAAGAUGUCCGCAAUAACCUCCCUCAGGACCUUAGUGUGUGGAUAGACCCGUUUGAGGUCUCUUACCAGAUCGGUGAGAAGGGAGCGGUCAAGGUGCUGUAUGUGGAUGAUAACGGUGAGAAUGGCUCUGAGCUAGACAAGGAGAUCAAGAACAGCUUUAAUCCUGAGGCUCAGGUCUUUAUGCCGAUCGCAGAGCCCGUGGGGGCUUUGUCGGAAUCCAGCUCGCCCUCCCCUCCUUUUGGGCAGUCGGCAGCUGUCAGCCCUUCAUUUGUGCCGCGCUCGGCCCAGCCGCUUACCUUUACCACCGCAACUUUUGCUGCCACCAAGUUUGGCUCCACCAAGAUGAAGAGUAACGGCCGCGGCAACAACUGCGCCAAUGGCGGCAGUAGCAACAAGGCGGCGCGGUUGUCGCCCGUCAGCAACUUGGGUCUGAAUGUUAACACCCUACUGAAACAGAAAGCCAUUUCCACCUCCAUGCACUCACUGUACGGUCUGGGCCUCGGUCAGCAGCAGAAGGUUUCUGCUCUGUCCCCUAACGCCAAGGAAUUUGUGUUCCCCAGUCUCCAGGGUCAGGCCAGCCCCGGGCCAUCGUUCUCCACCGAGGGCUCCCUGGGGCUCGGACCUCUGCCGUACAACAAUGCCUUCGAUGUGUUCACAGCCUAUGGAAGCCUCAAUGACAAGUCCCUCGUGGAUGGCCUCAACUUUAGUCUGAGCACCAUGCAGUAUUCUAACCAGCAAUUCCAGCCUGUCAUGGCUAACUAAACUCACCACACAGAUGCUUGGUUAUUUAUGAAUGACGGUGGCUCGAAAGAGAGGAAAAACAAAACGCACACUUUUUAGAAACUGAACUGCUUAGUGACUCGUCCGGCAAGCGCAUGUGCCCAAGGGUGUGUUAACUGGAAGCCCUUGAGUUGAUUUCUUGCUCAGAAAGCUUGUUGUACAAACACAUCCAAGCUUGGUUAUUUGAAUUAAAUUAAUCACGUCAUUGUUUUUCUUUCCCGUUUGGCCAAACAAGCACAACUUUUUUUUUUUUUUUUUUUUUUUUUUUACCAUGGUGAGGAAUACUCCCAAAAUUAAGAAAAAAAGCAAAAAAAAAAGUUUUGGCUUCUUCUACAGAAUUUUACAGGCGGUAAGACAAGGCUGAUUUUUAUGAAUUGGCACUACUAAGUGGGGUUACUUGGUCUUUUUCUAAUUGUAUAAUUUAAUUUAGUACAAAAUUUGUAAGAUAUCAGAGUAUAUAUUGUUUCUACGACAUGGUGUUGCAUUUAUAUCUUUUUACUACUCCAGUGAUCUGUGAUGGCUGCAGCAGAUUUUCAUUUCUUUUUUUAAAAGAAAUCCAUCUUUAAAGAGAUACACCAGAUACUUUAAAGAUUGUGUACAGUGUAUUCCUUUUAGUGGUGGAAAUGUGUAGAAAUAUUUGCUAUUUCUGAAAGAUGAAUUGUAUUUUCUGUUAAAAGGUUGAAGAGUUUCCUACACUAUGGACAAAUGUAAUCGUAUGGAUAUUGAUUUUUGUACCUACAUUGUGCAAUACUUGAUGAAGAAAAAAAAAUACGGUAUAAAGUAUUUUGAGUCAGUGUCUUACAUGUUAAGAGGGACUGAAAUAGUUUAUAUUAAGUUUGUAUUAAAUGCUUUAAAAAUAUGCUUGUCUUUAUUUUUUUUAAUUUCAUAUUUGCACCCUGGUCUUUUUAAUAAAAUAAACAGUUGGAAGCGCUUGUUGAAAGUGAA